CUCAGACUCAGAGCGGAGGCUUGUUAGCUGCGCGUUAGAGUUGCGAAACGGAUUUUAAGGUCAUCUGUAAUAUACAACGGCAUUUUUAUCUUCAGCAUGGCAACUAGCCAAGAAAAAAAGAAGCCAAGUAACAACGACCUCCAUGGAACACGGAGAAAGCACCCCAUUACUGUGGAUGGAGUAUUGCUCGAUGGACCACUGAAUGACUCAAAAGGAGGAGAACAAUUUGUACAAGAUGCUUUUCAGAUCAUUCUGGAAGAGGCCAUCAGAAAGGGGACAGAUGCCAGCGAACAGGUCUGUGAAUGGAAGGAACCUGAUGAACUGCGAGCACUUCUUGAUCUUGAUUUGGUUGAUGCUGGUGAACCCCAUGAGAAACUGCUGGAGCGGUGCCAAGAUGUCAUCCGAUACAGUGUCAAAACUAUUCACCCGCGAUUCUACAACCAGCUAUUUGCAGGACUGGAUCAUCACUCCUUGGUUGGCCGUUAUAUCACAGAGACACUAAACACAAGCCAGUACACCUAUGAGAUUGCACCAGUUUUUGUGCUGAUGGAGGAAGUAGUGUUGAAAAAGCUUUGCGAGUUGAUUGGAUGGAAGAACUGCGAUGGACUGUUUUGUCCAGGAGGCUCCAUGUCCAAUAUGUAUGCUAUGAAUGUGGCUAGGUACAAGCUUUUCCCUGAAAUAAAAAAACAAGGCCUAUGGGAAGUGCCGCGACUGGCAAUCUUUACCUCUGAAGAGUGUCAUUACUCUGUCACUAAAGGAGCUGCCUUCCAGGGCCUGGGCACGGACAGUGUGUAUGUGGUGAAAGCAGAUGAAAGAGGGAGAAUGAUUCCAAAAGAACUGGAAGAGCAAAUUUUCAUUGCGAAGUCCAAGGGAGCAGUUCCAUUCCUGGUGAAUGCUACAUCUGGAACAACUGUCUUUGGAGCAUUUGAUCCCCUGCCUGAAAUUGCAGACAUCUGUGAAAAACAAGGAAUCUGGCUUCAUGUUGAUGCAGCCUGGGGUGGAAGUGCCUUGCUUUCCAGGAAACACCGACACCUGCUGACUGGGAUUGAGAGGGCUGAUUCUGUUGCUUGGAACCCACACAAAAUGCUACAGGCAGGGCUGCAGUGUUCUGCCUUCCUGCUCAAAGAUAACACAGACCUCCUGAAGAAGUGUCACUCAGCCAAUGCAAGCUACCUCUUCCAGCCAGACAAGUUCUACGAUAUCUGUUAUGACACCGGUGACAAGUCCCUUCAGUGCGGUCGGAAGGUAGAUUGUUUCAAGCUGUGGCUGAUGUGGAAAGCUGUUGGUACUCAAGGGCUGGAGGAAAGGGUGGAUCGUGCCUUUGCGUGCACCAGGUAUUUGGUCAAUGAGAUGAAAGAGAGAGCAGGUUUUCGACUACUGAUGGAGCCUCAGUGUGUUAAUGUCUGCUUCUGGUACAUCCCUCCCAGCCUGCAAGGGAAAGAAGAGACCCCUGACUUCUGGAAAGACCUAGGAAAGGUGGCUCCAUUCAUCAAGGAACGGAUGGUCAAGCAAGGCACCAUGAUGGUUAGUUACCAGCAGCACGGAACCAAUGUGAACUUCUUCAGGCAGGUCCUGAUCAGCUCACAGGUCAGCCUGGAUGACCUGGACUUUUUCAUGGAUGAAAUUGAGCGCCUGGGAAGUGACUUCCAGCCACAAUGAUGCUUUGCCCACCCAUUGUCUGAAGACUAGUCCAGAGGUUCGGACUGGGUUUAGGUGACCUGCUGUACUCGUUACCCCACCUGCAUCUUUAUUUUUGGAACACUUGAUUUAGGCAGUUUAGCUUGACAAAAUACUACACUUUUGAAGGGCUUUUGCUGAAUAAAGACAGAGUUGAAGGCUGGUUCUAAGAUUUGGAUGUGGUUUGAAAGGUUCUACUGGACUGUGAGCCCAGAGCCAAAAGUUGUCCCUCUUUAUCUUGCAUAGAUACAACAAAUGCAAGUCCUACGUUUUCAUAGCAAAAGGGGCUCUUGAACCUGCUACUGCUGUGUGUUGUAAGCUUCAUUCUCUUUGCUGUACCAGCCCUUGGGAGUUUGUGCAGAGGCAUCUUUGGCGCAGAGAGGCGGUUACUGUAUCCCGCAUUUUAUUUGGGGAUGGAACAGGGGAGUGGAAAACAGGCUCUCUUCAAGCAAACUUCUGGUAACCUCAUCCCUCCUCACACCUUGGGGUGCACUUCAGCCCCUGUAGUGCCCACUAGUGGGCCAGCAAUUGCCAUGUUCUUUCUCUCAAGGAACCCCAGGGCAUGGACACAUUCCUCUGAGGGGCAGGCAGUGGGUUUGGGCAGACUGCCUUGUGGCCUGCUGUCUGGAACUGUGCAUGGUCACCUUGGACAGGGAGAUUCCCUGACCACACCCCCUGCUUCUGCACUGGUACCUAGGAGGAGACGGGGCUGAGGUGUGUCCAGAACUUCAGCAACAGCCCACUUAAUUAUGAAAAUGGGUUGCAAACUCUCUCACUUGCAUGUGCAGCAGGCUCAUCCAAGCUGCAGAGGUCAGAGGAAGCCUGGGAGUGUGAACCAUGUUAAAAACUGUUGUUAAGGACUGUUGUGCAGGACUCUGUCUGAUUUUCUUCACCCAGGCAGCUCCUUUUGACCUGGGCCAGGCAAUAGGGAUGGGGAGGGAGUUUACCUGUCUUGAAAAUGGAAACUCGGAAUCCCUGCAGAGUUGGGUAUCCCCACCCCAAUGUGUUGCAGCCUCAACAGUCUUCUGCAGUCAGCCACCAACCUCUCGGCAUUCACAAUAGUUGUUUGUUCUUUAGCCUUGCUCCUCUUCCCACCAGCAAAAGUAGGACAGAAAAAAGAAUUCUCUUCUCACUCUCCAACUCUCGCUCCACACUCUCCCCCACACUGCACUGGGUUCGGGAGCUAUUGGUCUCACAAUCAACCCAGCUCUCCCUUUUUUGUACAGACUGUUAAAUCAGUCUCUGCUAUCACAUCACCACCAGGUGGUGCCUGGAGAAGACUUGAUGCAUGGUGGUGUCCAAGUCGACCUGGGUCAGCAGAAAUUGGAUCAACAAACUGCAGCCUGAUGGGGAGAGGAUGUCUUGUUGGUGACUCUGCAGGUCAUUUCUCAGGGGGAUGAGUAACCCUGCCAGUGAAGGAAACCUUUGUUCCAAAUUAUUAUUCAAUUGGCACUGACUGCUGGACAGUACAAAUAAGUGUUCCUCCAGUAAAACACUUAAUUUUCC